UUAAAUAAAUAAAUAAAUAAACAAACAAACAAACAAAAAACAUACAUACUGUGUGAGAAGCUUCAUUGGCCGGCUCGGAGAUUCAUAGUUGAUGCGAGCGGGCGGACCCCCCCUCCCGUAUCCAGUUCCUCGGGUAUAAACUAAGAUGCUGCGCGGAUUCGCUGCCAUUCUCUGGGCAUCGAGUUGCGCCCAGGAUGUGCGAGCUGUUCCGCGCGCUCUGACAUGCACCGUUUCGGCCGCACGCGAGUGUGGGCGGUCGCGUGUGUUUUAUCUCGCACAGCUGUCCGUGAAAACGGCGCGGUUUGGACGGGCUUGCGCGGCGUCUCCGACACCACGCGGUUUCUGCACCGGUUGCCUAGAGGCUCGAGCAGCAUCUUUCUCCGUAGAGACUCACCCGAGUGUAGAGCACGAGCCCAGACACGGCGAAGGAGUGCAACACUUAUUAGCCCACUGUAGUUGUACUUUAGCAAUUUAACACUCGCCGUUCGCAGCGUGAUUUGUUUCGGUAUCACGGCAUGACGGAAACGCGAGGGAUCCAGAGAGGUUACGAAAAGUGAGCUACGGAUAUUUAAACCGAGGAUCGUCCUUUCUGUGGUGCCAAAAGCACAUUUCUUCUCUCACGGCGAUCACAUCCACCGCGGGUCUCCGGGAUCUCUACCCGUCCGUUGACGUGAGGACUCCAGAUCUAUGCUUAUUGCCCUACACGAGCAGCAGGCGGUCCGCAAAAAGACCACAUUUCCACAAACCCCGGUAGCGCCGGUCUUGUUCUUCCACGUUUCUUUCGAGCACCUGCUGAGGAGCUGCGCGGAGCCCAGCGCUGGUCGCUGUUCUGUCCAGCGCCUCCGAGGACAAACCCACAGCGCCUUUGAGUGAGUCCUGUCAGUACGACAUGUGGGCGACUGGACAGUACCAAGGACGCUACGCUAUUCAAGAUGAUCGCAGUCACGCUUAGCUCUGUCUUCGUUAUCUAACGAUGAAAAGAUGGGCUUGGAUUAAAUCUAGGCUAUUUCUAGUGAUAUCUUUCUAAUGUGAGAGUUUAGACUUUAUAGGGUAAAAAGCUGUUAUCAAAGAUAACACAAACAUGCCAACAAACAAACAUUUAAGGGGGUUCCUGACAUGUCUGGCGUACGUUUGGUAUGUUAUUUUAUAAACUACUUUAUUUGUUGUAUAUGUUUUUGGACGUAUUUAGCUUCCAGGGUAUUGACCUUAACUGAGGUAGAUAAAACCUUUACUUCAUUAGGCAUAAACACUUUUUAAAUGCUUUUAAACUAGAUAACGCACUACAUACUUCUAACACAUCAGAAGAGUCUUCAGAAGUUUUUAUUUACACUGGACUCCAGCGUUCUCCAUCUUGACUUUGAGUGUUGGAUAUUGUUCAAAAGGAAAAGCUGACAUUGUUACAUAAUUCACUGAGCGAUAUAUUCCAGUUGGUCUGACAGUGGAGCUGAAAGGGUUAAGCACUAUUAAUAGCUGAGAAUGUAUGCGCGUCUGGGACUGGAGUACAUGGGAUGACAGAUGAUUCUGUUAUACUUAAUCAAUGCCCAAUCAGGUGUCUGUCUGGCCCUCUCUGUCUCAAAUGGACUAUAAUUCUUGUUGAUGGCUUCGGUCCGAGCCCCUCCAUACGUGUAUUAUGCACGUCUGUGUGAGAGUGCUGUGAGAGGCAGGUCCUACGGGGGCCACUGAACAAGCCCCGGUCAGACCUGAGCAGGGUAUGAACUCUUCACAGAGACGUGUGUGUGUGUGUGUGUGUGUGUGGGUGUGUGACACCCACACACGGUAUGAGUUCUUAAGAGAGACGUCCUGCAGUGUCUUGUUGACUCUCUACGGUGCUUAAACCGCUAUGAACACGGUAUUUUAAACUGCUCAUUUUGGACAAAAAAGACAUCGAAAGAAAACCAGCAGUGGAAAACAGGAUAUAAGAAAGAGUCUUUAAAUAGCUACUAAAUGCUUCAGGAAUACAUGCAAUACAGAUCCCAGAUCAGAUUAGACGAUGUGCAUACUGUAAAUCAGAGUUGUCCUUCGGCGAGGUGAUAUCCCUGCGCCCACACGUGCUCCUGGCCAACGGGGAAUUCACGUGAGGUGAGUCACAGCUGAGUGAGCGCUAAAUGAGGCGGCGCCCUGCCUGUUCUGGGUGCGGGUUUGAGAUUGCAGGGAGCGCGAGGGUAACAGUCUCCGAACCCUGACUGAGGAAACCACCAACUAGUGGCCUCACUCCAGGAGAAGCUACGAAGUUAAUGAAGAUGUUAGUCGCACAUAGAUCGUAGACAUGCUGUGGCUGGACUGUAACAUGUUGGAGACGGUGAGGGGCCGGAGGAGACCGCGGGGCCCUGCGAGGAAGCUCUCCUGCUCCUUCUGGUUCCUGCUGCUGUUCGGGGCAGGGGGCCUGGUGCUCUUUAUCCACCUGCAGGACCUGGCAGACAUGGUGCAGCUGCAAGCGCCCGGUGUCAAGUUCACUGGCAUGACUCGGCAGACAAGAGAGGAGAUGUGCGCCCAGCAGCAGGACAGUGAGGCAGCAGGCAGUGCUGCAGCAGGUCGAACGGGCCAGGGUGGCAGACCUGAAGAGCCGAGCGCCGAUCACGCCGUCUCACCCAUGCCGUUUCCUGCCUUCGCGUGGGACCGCGUGUCCGGCACUCCCGGGUCACGCGAGCACGAGCUGGGUCCGCCACGUGUGACCAAGCGGCGGCGCAAACUCCUGAAGACCAGCCCGGUGCUGCGGCCCGCCUCCAACUCCUCGGCCCCGCCCUCGUCCCCGCCCCCGUCCCCGCCCUCUCUGCCGGGGUCCAACACGGCGCCUCCCGGCCGGCGCCGCCUCUCGCUCGCCCAGGAGGAGCGUCGCCAUCUGAUGCAGAACGUGUGUGCCCGUUACCGCGCCGAUGGGUCACGCACUGUCACGCCGCACCACGUGUCGCGCGUUUACGUGGAGGACAGGCACCGCCUGCUGUACUGCGAGGUGCCCAAGGCUGGCUGCUCCAACUGGAAGCGCGUGCUGAUGGUGCUGUCUGGCGCCGCCCCAUUGGCCGGCGCCAUCGACCACGACGCAGUGCACUAUGGGAACCACCUGAAGCGGCUGGACAGCUUCGACCGGGCCGGUAUCGCCCGCCGCCUGCGCUUCUACACCAAGGUUCUGUUCGUGCGUGAGCCCAUGGAGCGCCUCGUCUCUGCCUUCCGGGACAAGUUCGAGAGCCCCAACUCCUACUACCACCCUGUGUUUGGCAAGCCCAUCAUCUCCCGCUACCGUGCCAACGCCUCCAAGGUGGCGCUGAAGACGGGUAGCGGCGUGACCUUCCCCGAGUUCAUCCGCUACCUGCUGGAUGUGCACCGGCCUGUGGGCAUGGACAUCCACUGGGAGCCCGUCAGCCAGCUGUGCAGCCCUUGCCUGCUGGACUACGACUUCAUCGGCAAGUUCGAGACCAUCGAGGAGGAGGCCGACUUCGUCCUGCGGCAGAUCGGCGCACCGAGGAACCUCACCUUCCCCACGUUCAAGGACCGCAAUCCCAAGGCGGCGAGAACGUCGGCGCACAUGACUGAGCACUACUUCUCACAGCUCAGCACCUCCGACAGGCAAAGAGCCUAUGACUUCUACUACAUGGACUACCUCAUGUUCAACUACUCCAAGCCCUUCCAAGACUUGUACUGAGGCCACAGUGGGCAAGGUCACCUUUGUUGUCAACGCCAUGGCUGCAGUUGUCAGGACAACUGUUAUUACAUGCUGCCUCCCCCAACCUGAUUCAGUAUACGCUGUAAAAAAAAACAAAAAAACAAUGGAGCAUCACACUUCUACAGUAUUUCUGUUAGCCAUUCAUACUAACAGUUUGAAACUGUCUGCUUCAUCAGACCUCCAUAGCGUUUUUUGGGGGGGUUUUUUGUUUAAGCAAAAUGUUCGAUUUACGCUGGUAAUGUGGAAACUGGAGAGAAUUAUUUUUAGGAAGUUGAGGUAUAUUCAGUUAAAUCGUUGCCAAGAUGAAAUAAUCACAAAUCAGACUUGCACUUUGACCACAAGGUGGCAGUAGAGUAGUGCUUCGCAAAAGGACUGAUUCUCUUCUCCAGUUGCUCUCCAUUCCAUACACCAAAAGUGACAGCCGUCCCUUCCGCACAUACACUUUACACACGCUUAUUACACCUUUACCUAAACUAUUUUAAAGUUUAUAUAUAUAUAUUGUAAAAAGGGCAUUCAGAGGACUAUAUAUUUUUCUAUGUAUUUGUACAUUGGCUUUAGGUGUAGCCGUGUGUGUGUGUGUGUGUGUGUGUGUGUGUGUGUGUGUGAACUCGCCACCCCAAGCAUUAUGGACUUUUUGUAAUCAUGUAGGAAAGCCUGUGUUUUAUAUCAUGACAAAUUCCAAUUCAGAAAAAAGGGUUGCUCCUUCUAUCCAUGAAAUUCUACAUAAUCCCCUUAAACUAUCUUUAACUAACAUUCCAUGCUAACGUUUCAUGCGUUCCACACUAACUUUUGAAUAAGCAAACCAAAAAAGGUUCACCGAUGCACUGUUGACUCAUAGCUGGUGAACAUAUGAUUGACAGCAACUCCAACCUAUAACACCCUCCUGGGUAACUGGGUAACUCCUGGGUUGCACCAGUCUUGACAAAAGUGGAGGUCUUACCCAAGUUUGGUAGAGUUGUGAAUCCAGGCAGUAUUAAUCAAAGCUGUGACAUGAAAACACUACCACUUCUGUCCCAUAUCGUCUGUGUGAGGGGUUCUGACGCUGGUUAUUUGGCCCCGCUGCCCUGCUCUGCAUGAGCGCACCUCACCCUGCCCAUCAGCUAGUUAACAUGUCCUCUAUGAGCUGGAUCUUGGGUUCUAGACCAGGGGCUGUAGCAUUCUGGGGUCCUAGAGCUCGUAGGGGCAGGGGUUCUAGAGGAGGGGAUGUAGCAUUCUGGGGUUCUAGAGCUCAAGGACUGGAGCUAAAAAUAGAUGUGGGGUUCAAGACCAGGACAUCUGGGAUUCUAGACCACGGUAUCUGGGAUUCUGGAACAGUGAAUCUGGGUUCUACAGCACAGGACACCUGAAACUGUGCAGGGCACUGUAACCCCAGGACUGGAGAUGAAAAUGGCAACAAAUGACUAAGGUUACCAAUUACAUCCAUAAACUCACUGAGCACUGAUCUCAGAACAGGUUAAUUCCCUGUUUAUUGUGAUCCUGGUGACAAAUACAGAUCUGAGACCAGUGCUCCUGUACUGGGAUGCUUUUGCCAGCAGAGUUGCAGUUAAGUGACUCUGCAAGAAGUUAAUCACGUUCUGUAAGAAAAAACACACAUUUUGCUCACCACUCUGGAGUUGCACAUAAACAGAUUACAAUAUAUUCUUAUUUAAUUCUAUUUUUAAAAUAAACAAAAAUCAAUAUCGCAAAGAUAUAGGCCACUAUGUUAUAUGGAUG